AUGAAGAAAUCACACUCCCUGUCCUCAGUUGCUCCAUCCGCUGCUUCAGGGCCUGCUUCAACGGGAGCAGCGGCAAAAGCAGGAGGAGACACUUGUAGCAGAAGAUGGUGGCUCCUCUUGCUGCACCGUGGCAAGGCGCUCGCAAGUUCUGCUAAACUCAAGGAUCUGGAUGCUGUUCUAGGCAGAGACUCCGCUACGAUUGACACUUACGCCUCUCUGCUGCGGCAAUGCGCUCAGACCAAGUCGAUCCUUCAAGGUAAACGGGUCCACGACCAUAUCGACACAUCCGGCUACAAGGGGCACACUUUCCUCGGGAACUUGCUGGUGGAUAUGUACGGGAGCUGCGGAAACUGGGAGGCCGCCAAGGCUGUGUUCGAUGGCAUCAAGGAGCCCAACGUUUUCUCGUGGAAUCUGCUGAUCAAGGCUUAUGCCACGAAUGGGUUUCUGCGAGAGGCACGGCUUGCGUUUGAGGGAGCUCCGCAAAAGAAUGCAGUGACUUGGACUUCGCUGUUUGGGUGGUAUGCGAAGGGUGGGCUGCUCCAGGAAGCCAGCCGGAUGUUUGAGAAGAUGCCCGAGUGGGACUUCAUUUCGUGGACGAGCAUGUUUACGGCAUAUGCCCAGAGCUGGCAGCCUCAGGUGGCGAAAGGAAUGUUCGACAGAAUGCCUUCGAGGGACGCUGCGUGCUGGAACGCAAUGUUUACUGCGUGCGCGCAGAACGGAAGCCUGGUUAGAGCCAAGACUGUUUUCGAGAGGAUGCCGCAGUGGAAUGUCCAGUCCUGGAACGGAAUGAUCACAGCGUAUGCUCAAGACGGGGGGCCGCAGCAAAGCAAGAAUCCUUUCGAAGGUGGUGAUAUACUCUCGAAAAGCAGGCUUUUCUCCUGGUCGGAAAGAAGUCUACUUCGAGAUAACUCAACAGGGAUGACACAAGAGAAGGAUCAUUGCAGAGAAGCAAGGAGUUUGUUCGAUGGAAUACCGGAGAGGAAUGGAAUCUCGUGGGCUGCUAUGAUCGGAGCUUAUGCAAAGAGGGGGAAGCUUGUCGAGGCACAGGGGCUGUUUCAGAGAAUGCCCAGUCUCGACUUAGUAACCUGCACCACCAUGCUCGAAGCGUAUGCCCAGCACGGCUAUACCAAGGAUUCAAAGGCACUUUUCGACAGGAUGCCCGAGCAUGACAUGGUGUCGAGAACAGCUAUGGUGCUUGGCUACGCUAUCAACGGAGAACUGCUCGAAGCUCGGGAGUUGUUCGACAGCAUGCCGAAAAAGGACGUGAUCUCUUGGAAUGUGAUCAUCUCCGCAUACGCACACAAGGGACAGGACAGAGAAGCGCUGGAGCUGUUUUGGAGAAUGGAUGUCAAGCCAGACUGUAUAUCCUUUCUCGUGGUUCUCGACGUGUGCGCAAACUCCACGAUUCUGGAACAAGGAAAGCGUCUCCACGCCACAGCGAUCAGUCACGGCUUGGAUUCAAAUACUAAAGUUGCGACGGCGCUGAUCAACAUGUAUGGGAAGUGUGGACUGCUGGGAGUUGCUUUGGAGCUGUUUGAGAAACUCGAGGACAAAGAGGUGAUGGCUUGGACGGCGAUGGUCGCAGCUUAUGGCUACAAUGGACAGGGAAAGGCGGGCUUGAUGGUUUUCCACAGGAUGGUUAUGGAAGGCGUGGAGCCCGACGACAUACUCUACAUAUGCGUUCUCUGCUUAUGUAGCCACGCAGGGCUGUACAAGGAUGGACUCGAGCAGUACCUUUCACUUCAAGGUGACUUCGGUAUGGUUCCAACCAUGGAGCAUUUCGUCUGUGUAGCUGAUCUUUUGGGCCGAGCGGGACAUACUUCCCAGGCUCAGGAGCUGCUCGAGAGUAUGCCAUUUGAUGCCGAUGGAACGGCUUGGAAGCUGCUGCUCACGAACUGUAAGCUGCAUGGAGAUUUUGGUCGAGCCGAGAUCUUUGGUGAGAAGCUUUUGAAAGCCUCGCCGCAGGCCAGUGCAACGUAUGUGCUGCUGUCUCACCUCUACAGGGAGAGGAAUUUGAAGUCGUCAUCUUGAGAAGGCAAGCAUGUCCGUUUUUCUUCUCCCUUUUGCAUCCAGGACGAUGUCACGCGAACUUGGCUCGAGGCUUGCAACGUCAUCCCAUCUUCCAGCAGCAGCAAAGAUAUUGGACAGCAACACAAGAGCUGGAAUAGCAGCAGCUCCCUUGGAAUCCAGCUCCACCACCCUGUUGGCGACUUGAAUUCCUCGAUCUACAUCGCGAUGGACACUGCAGGCUCCAAGAAGUGUCAGCCAUGCAACCGGAUCCCGCUCGAGCUCCUCGGUGCCGCAAAUGAAAUACUCAGCCUGGUCCAGCCAUCCGGCUCGUCCAAGAACGUCCACAACGCAGCGGUACUGUUGCUGCAAAGGGAAUAGCCGGCAAUGGUCGUGCUGCAUGCAGCCAAAGCUCCGGAUGGCCUGCUCCAGCUCUCCAGAGUGGCUGCAAGCUCGCAAGAUGCUCAUGAAGGUCACCUCACUCGGUUGGACACCUUCGAGCUCCAUCUCGCGAUAAAGCUCCAUCGCCUGGUCCAGACCUCCGUGCUCAGCAAACGCAGCGAUCAUCGAGUUCCAGGAGACGUCAUUCCGCUCGGCCCCCAUCGCCUCGAACUUUUUCCUCGCGCUGGAGAGGCCCUCGCAUCUGGCAAGCAACUGGACAGCCGCAUUUUUCACAACGACACUGGCGGAGGCCAUGGAUUUUUCGAGCAGCCCGGCAGCUUGGCUGCGGAGAUCCGAGGAACCGCACUUGGAGCAGGCGCUGAGAACGCUCGACGCGAGAGCCUGGCUGCUAUGCCCGUUCUGGGCAUAUCCCGCGAGCAUCGUGUUCCAGGACACGAGAUCUUUGCAGCACAUCUGAUCGAAAAGUUGGCGAGCUCGAUCGAUGCUCCCGCACCGUGAGUACAUACCCAGCAGCGAAUUCUCUACGACAGUGGUGUUCUCCAGGUUUGAGCAGGCGAUUCUCUCGUGGAGUUCCUCACCUCUGGACAGAUUUUCCAGCUUGGAGCAGGCGGUGACCGCGUUGGAGAAAGUGUAAGCGUCCGGGGCGACGCUGCUGGAGGAGAUCAUCCGAUCGAAAGUGGCGAGAGCUCUGGCGCUGCAAUCGUUUUGGAGGUACGCGGCGAUCAAGAGGUUGAAGGAGAAGAUGUUGGGCUUGGCGAUGCGGUGGAAUGCGAGCUCCGCGUCUUCCAUGUUGCCGAACUUGCCAUACAUUUGGACGAGGAGAUUGCCGAUGUAAGUGUCUCGGUCGUGGUGGCGUUGGGCGAUCAAGGCGUGGAGCCUCUUUCCUUGCAGGAGAGAUUUCUCGUUGCCAAAUCGCUGGAGCGCUGCUGCGUAGGGCGCGGCAUUCACUCUCACUCGUUUCUUCUCUCUCGCAGGAAUCGCUAGAGCUUGGCUUUGGACAUCCUCCAUUAGAAAGAAUUAGGGCUCUUCAACUUUUAAAUUUUAAAUUUUAAAUUUGGCGCCUUUUGUUGC